AUGUUGAUAAAUGGUUAUAUGUGUAGGGGAAUUGGUGUAGUAGGGAAAUUGGUGGUAGCAACUACGAACUGCUGGAGUCGUUACUACAAGGAAAGGACAUUAAAGGAGUCAAGCGACACUAUGGCCGGCCAUUUCCAGCCGAAGAAGCUGAUAUUGGCCGAACGCUAUGGUUUGAUGUCGCGAUCACAGCGCCCUGGACAAACCUUGCAGGACUACUACGCUGAGCUGCAGAAAGCUGCAGCAGCAUCAUUACGGCCUAAAGUAGAAGAGAAGCUCCAGGAGCUAGUGAACAAUGGCACCUUAACACAAGUUGACCAUUCGGAGUGGGCUACUCCAUUAGUGGUCGUUCCAAAACCUGGAGGUAAAGUUAGAAUAUGCGGAGACUAUAAGAUAACGAUAAAUCCGCAAUUAGACAUUAACCAGUAUCCACUGCCCAAGCCAGAUGAUCUGUUCCACAUGUUAAAUGGUGGACAAAAGUUUUCGUGA